CGUCAUUAUGACGCAAAAGGAAGUUGCAUGUGAGUUACUUUCGGUAUCGAAGACGUAGAGGUAAUUUACCGGCAUUGUUUCAUCAUUGCCCUGUGAAAUCGUGUGGAAAGCCGACUUUACUCGUACUAUAAUAAGAGUCAUCAUGUCUGCCAUUGAGACCUACGAUGAGUCAGAGUCAAAGUUUCUGAGAAAGGCGAAGGAGAGCCCGUUUGUCCCCAUAGGGAUGGCAGGGUUCGCAUCAAUCGUGGCCUUCGGCCUCUACAGGCUGAAGACCAGAGGGAACACGAAGAUGUCUGUGCACCUCAUCCACAUGCGAGUAGCUGCUCAGGGAUUUGUAGUGGGAGCAAUGACCCUUGGAGUUGUUUACUCAAUGUGCAAAGAGUACUUUGCAAAACCAAGUCAGCAAGGAAAAGCACACCUGGACAAAUAAUUAUUUUGUUAGUGGACAUUACUGUAAUGCAUAUACAUACAUCAUAUAACUAAUUAAAUUUUACAAGUAUGUAUAUAUGAAAUGUAGCAAAUUAUGUAUUGAAACAGGAUUAGUCUGCUUAAGGAGUAUAGCUUAUUUAUAAAAGGUAGUUGUUUUAUAAAGAGAAUAAUGAUCCAUUCUCCGCUCUUGCAGUACCUUAUAUAAUAUUUGAGGUGAUAAAACAAAUUAUUAAAAGGACUUGAUGUGAUACAUCGUAACGUUACAACCCAACACAUGUUUAAACCCAUUUCAUACAUUUCAUGUCCAUUUAAACCGGAAUGCUUACUGAAUGUCAAAUGUGUUGCUGUGUAAAUGAUGCCGUCAUAUAGAAUCAAGAUUUAUAUAUAUAUAUAUAUAUAUAUAUAUAUAUAUAUAUAUCAUUUAAAUUUUCACAUUAUAUAUAAAUAUUCCCCAUCUGCCAGAGUAUAUAAAUCACUGUCCGCUAUUUCAGAUGGCUACGCAUUACAGGGGGUAUAGAAGUGUUUUGUGCAGAUGGAGAUCCCUAGCAGCCAAUGAUCAUACUGUUAGGUAUGAACUUGUCGUUUUAUCCAAAGUUCAGUUUGGAUAAACCAGGAUUUUACACUUUUUUAUCUAAUAAGAAUGCAGGAGCAUGGCAUAAUUUUUAUUGAGACUUAAAAAAUACCAUUUGUAGUAUAAUUGUGUGUGUGUGUGUGUGUGUGUGUGUGUAUCAGUCCUGCGAUGAGAAAUUUUUAGUUCAUUAUCAGGUGGGUUUUACGAGACGGGAGAACAGUUUACUUAAAAAUCCAGUGCAACAACUGGAGGGCAAUUUAUUCUCUUUAUAAAAUUGUAAAAUGUAUUAAUGUGGAUCACUUGAGUGUUUUUAACUGCAAAUAAAACUUAUUUUUAACAUUU